AUGGAGGCCCUCGUGAGCCUUCUCUCUUCUUGGCUUUUAGGUCAGACUGUUGCUGCAGGAUCCCAUGUGCGACUGAAUCUCCAGACUGGGGAAAGAGAAGUGAAACUCCAAGAUGAGGACAAGUUUCGAAAUAAUUUGAAAGGACUGAAAAAAGGCAAAAGGCUGGACAUCAACAGUAACACCUACACGUCUCAGGACCUCAAGAGUGCACUGGCAAAAUUCAAGGAGGGGUCAGAGAUGGAGAGUUCAAAGGAAGACAAGGCAAGGCAGGCCAAGGUUAAACGGCUCUUCCGCCCCAUUGAGGAGCUGAAGAAGGACUUUGAGGAGCUGAAUGUUGUCAUUGAGACUGACAUGCAGAUCAUGGUUCGGCUGAUCAACAAGUUCAAUAGUUCCAGCUCCAGCCUGGAAGAAAAGAUUGCUGCACUCUUUGAUCUUGAAUAUUAUGUCCAUCAGAUGGAUAAUGCACAAGACCUGCUUUCCUUCGGUGGCCUUCAAGUGGUGAUCAAUGGGCUGAACAGCACGGAGCCCCUGGUGAAGGAGUAUGCUGCGUUUGUGCUGGGGGCUGCCUUUUCCAGCAACCCAAAGGUCCAAGUGGAGGCCAUUGAGGGGGGAGCCCUGCAGAAGUUGCUGGUCAUCCUGGCCACGGAGCAGCCCCUCACUGCAAAGAAGAAGGUCCUGUUUGCACUGUGCUCCCUACUACGACACUUCCCGUAUGCCCAGCAGCAGUUCCUGAAGCUGGGGGGGCUGCACGUUUUGAGAAGUCUGGUCCAGGAGAAAGGCAUGGAGGUGCUGGCCGUGCGUGUGGUUACCUUGCUCUAUGACCUGGUCACUGAGAAGAUGUUUGCUGAGGAGGAGGCUGAGCUGACCCAGGAGACGUCCCCAGAGAAGCUUCAGCAGUAUCGCCAGGUGCACCUUCUGCCAGGCCUUCGGGAACAGGGCUGGUGCGAGAUCACUGCCCACCUCCUGGCACUGCCAGAGCACGAUGCCCGAGAAAAGGUGCUGCAGACGCUGGAUGCCCUCCUGGCCACCUGUCGGGACCGCUACCGUCAAGACCCCCAGCUCAGCAGGAUGCUGGUCAGCCUGCAGGCUGAGUACCAGGCACUGGCUGCCCUGGAGCUCCAAGAUGGCGAGGAUGAGGGCUACUUCCGGGAACUCCUGGGCUCUAUCAACAGCUUGCUGAAGGAGCUGAGAUGAGGCUGACACUUGGACUGGACUGGGAUGCUGCUAGUAAGGCUAAAGGGCACCAGCUUGGGUGGGCUUGUGAGGAGAUACCAGGCAGGAGGGAGGACUUCCCUACUGGGGUAUGGGUAUCAUCUGGGCAGUGCUGGUUUGGCCAUUAAAACGGAGGCAUGAAGGCCA